CUUGAUUUCAAUCUCAUCUCAUCUACAUAUCACAUGCAUACAAUACCCCAUUUGGAUAUCAAUCUCGUCCACAUCUUGCAUGCAUCCAGACAUCCCUGCAUCAUCAUUAUUACCACCUGUUCCUUCUUGAGGUCUAACAACGGACCAGGGCUAUGAUCCACACGUGAUAUCAAAUUCGCCUGGCUAAGAGACGUCGCCUCCAUAAGCUGGUUGGUCAGGGACACGCCACCUUCCCUCUUCUCCUUCAACAUGGUUGGCCCAAGAAAUGCAGCUUUUGCCGAAGAGAGCGCUGAGGUCGAAGUCCUACUCGCAUCUCUCGGUAAGACCAAAGACCUUACAAAGAGAAUCACUGCCAGCUUGAGUCGACUAGAUAGCAGCGGGAAGAUAGUCAAAGACGCCAUUGGUCCCAUCUAUAACAACACACAGCAACUUCAAAUCACCAACAGGAACAUCGCCAAAGUCAAUGAAGCCAUCGAGAAGUUGAAGCAACCACUUGACGCCCGGGGCCGAGAGGAAGGCAUCAUUCGAGCAGGCCCCAAGAAUGCCGGCUUACCUCAAUAUCUCAGCGCACUCAAGCGCGUCGACAAGGCUCUCAAUGAUCUCAAUGCCUCUGGGCUACGUUCAAACCAGCAGGCCAUCUCUGAAUUUCACAAUCUUUUGUCCACCGGGAUUAAUCAACUCCACGAUACCUAUCGCCAGCUUAUCCAGGAAGAUGCCAAUUCCAUCGAACCACUACACUAUAUUACCAAACAGAUUCCCUUCCCAACAAUUCCCGAUGACAAGACCCAGUCUCUCAGCCAGAUGGCCAUGGCUAUAGCCUCUGCAGGCGCGCAUUCCGCGAGACAGGGUCAAAGAGAUGACGAUGCCGCCACUCGAAUAUAUGCCGAAGUUCGCGGCGACUAUCUUCAAUCUAGUUUGCAGAACCUGUCCACUGCCGCGAUCAGUACCUCCAAGCGGAGAGCCAAUGACACGGGUAUCUAUCGUGAAGGAUCGAGCGGCAUCGGUGCUUACGCCAACGCUAUUGAAGCCAUGUUUCUCGCCGAAGCAGAGAACUCCUCGAGAAUCUUUCGAGACAAUGCGGGUCAAGUCUUCAGCCUCACAUGCGCCAAACCUCUCAGCACAUUUGCACGCACCCUGGCCGAACUCAACAGCGUCAUCAAAUCACGUAUACUGUCCGACUGCUUUCUCGCAUACGAAAUCCUCGAUCUCAUCACCCCUGUCGGCUAUCGCCUCGAAUCCCGGACAGGACAACUUCGCCCUCAAUUUGCCGAGGCAUUACGCCCACUUCGUGAGACAGCACGGUCGUCUCUACAUGAACUACUAAACCAGACCAAGAAACAGGCCGAAUCUAUUGCAACACUACCCAGCGACGGCAACACAGUCCCUCUCGUAGCACAAACCGCUACGCGUCUACAAAACCUCGCCACCUUCGAUCGACCUCUUCUAGCACUUCUUUCCUCCCUAGGAGACGGCAAUUGGCGUUCCGUUGCUGGCCCUGCCUCUGCUUCAACUCUCAACCUCGAACUUACUCCCUCAACCGAAAACCCCACCCUUCUCUCCCACUACCUCCUCGACAUUGUCGACACACUCUUCUCCACCCUCAACGCCCGAUCCCAGAUCCUGCAUCGCACUAAGCCCCUGCAAGGAAUCUUCCUCCUCAACACCAUCGCCGUCAUCACACGAUCAAUCAACUCCUCACCCGACCUAGCACGAUAUCUUGGUAUCAACCCGCACUCCCAGAAACUCGACGGAUACCGCAAGACAGCCUCCUCACUCUACCUCCUCGCAUGGCGAGAACCCUCAUCCCACCUCCUCGACACGAUCCACACAUCUGGAGCCGGUCGACCGACAUCCGGAUCGGCCAUCGACUCGACACAAAUCAUAAAAUCACUGGGAUCCAAGGAUAAAGACAAAAUCAAGGAGAAGUUCAAAUUGUUCAACACAUCGUUUGACGAACUCGUGGUACGACACAAGAGUCUACAUAUGGAGAAAGAGGUGCGCAGUAGUGUGAGUCGUGAGAUUCAGGCUACAAUCGACCCGCUGUACACUCGGUUCUGGGACAGGUAUCACGAGGUUGAUAAAGGGAAGGGUAAGGUCGUCAAGUAUAGCAAGGGCGAGUUGACGACCAUGUUGGCUACUUUGUAGAACGAAACAGUUGAUCAAAUCGUUCAAGAUGUUGAUGUUGAUAUUGUUGGUGGUCGUGAGCUCCUACGUCGAGGAGGAGGAGGGGGCAGAGGAAGUGUUCGUCACCCUUCUAAAAUUCCCCUCCUUGCACUCCAUCCGAGGUCCAAGACGAUGGCUUGAUAAGUUAGUCAGUCAAGGAUUGAAGUGGUCUCGAACCCCGUUCUGGUCAUCUAUCCUUCCAAGACGGACUUGGAA